UGGUUCUUUAAAGAGUCCAGGCACCAGGAUCGCCAGCACUCGGACGUUCUCGACGCGUCCGACCAAUACUCCGUGUCGUCCCUCCUUUCAACUACCUAGUGCAUUUUAGGAAGAUUCCCCUUCGACAACAAGCAGCAGGACUGCAGGCCCAUACUCAAUCAGAAAAUGGCUUGGGGACGCGAUGAAGAGCGACGCGAGAACGCGGAGGAAGGCGAGGAGGAGAUAGACGAGACUGACUACAAGGCGCAAAAAGAUGCCAUCAUCUUCGCUAUCGAUGUGAGCAAGUCAAUGGCGGACCCGCCGCCGGCGGGCGAUGCGAAGAAAGCCGGUGAUAGUGCCAUUGCUGCGGCGCUGAAAUGCGCGUAUCAAAUCAUGCAGCAGCGCAUCAUCGCUCAACCCAAAGACAUGAUGGGUAUCUUACUAUUCGGGACCAAAAAGUCAAAGUUCCGCGAUGAGAACAACGGGCGCAGCGCUUACCCUCACUGCUAUGUCUUCAUCGACUUGGAUGUCCCGUCCGCCGAGGACGUCAUGACUCUGAAGAGCUUGGUAGAGGAAGGCGAGGAUCCAGAUGAUGUCCUGACCCCUACGGACGAGACCGUUGCCAUGUCCAACGUUCUCUUUUGUGCCAACCAGAUCUUCACAACCAACGCGCCAAACUUUGGCUCACGCCGGUUGUUCAUCAUUACCGACAAUGAUGAUCCCCAGGCGGGGGAUAAGCAGGCACGCUCGGCAGCUGCUGUCCGUGCCAAGGAUCUUUACGAUCUUGGCGUCGUUAUCGAGCUCUUCCCAAUCAGCCACGAGGAGAAGAGAUUCGAUUUGUCCAAAUUCUACGAUGAUAUCGUCUACAGCGACCCUGCGGGAGACUCGAGUUCGCCAGAAGAGAUCAAAACAUCAAGGUCUGGAGACGGCUUAACCCUCCUAAAUUCCUUGAUAUCGAACAUCAACUCGAAGCAGACCCCAAAGCGGUCCUACUUCUCGAAUCUGCCCUUUGAUAUUGCCCCGGGUCUGAGAAUAUCGAUCAAGGGGUAUCAUAUCCUUCACCGACAAGUGCCAGCACGUACAUGCUACGUUUGGCUUGGCGGUGAGAAGGCAGAGCUCGCCGUGGGGGAGACGACAAAACUAGACUCGGAUGCCAGAACUGUCGAGAAGUCCGAGAUCAAGAAGGCGUAUAAGUUCGGCGGCGAGUUCGUCUACUUCAAUCCUGAAGAGUUAAAGGGCCUGAAGUCAUUCGGCGAGACCGGACUCCGAAUCAUCGGGUUCAAGCCGAGGACGCUGCUCCCGAACUGGGCUUCAGUCAAGAAGUCAACCUUCAUCUACCCAAGCGAGGAUGAUUACGUUGGAUCUACCCGCGUCUUCUCUGCCCUGUGGCAGAAAUUGCUCAAAGACCAGAAGAUGGCCCUGGCAUGGUUCAUCUCGCGGUCUAAUGCCAACCCAAUCCUCGUGGCCGUCUUGCCUUCAAGGAGUCCUGAUGACCAUGAGUCGGCGACGUCCUUCCUCCCUGCAGGCCUAUGGCUCUACCCGUUACCGUUUGCAGACGAUAUCAGAAAUGUGGAUCUCAACUCAACGACGCGUUGCUCCAACGAACUCAUCGACCACAUGAGAGUCAUAGUGCAGAACCUUCAGCUUCCGAAGGCAGUGUACAACCCCACCAAAUAUCCCAAUCCCGCGCUGCAGUGGCACUACCGGAUUCUGCAGACGCUGGCUCUCGAGGAGGAGAUCCCUGAACAUCCAGAAGACGCAACACUCCCGAGAUAUAAAGCCAUCAAUAAGCGAGUCGGCGGCUACUUGGUUGACUGGGACAAGGGGGUCGACGCCGAAGCAAAGAAACUCGCUGACAGCAGAGCAAUCAAACGGGAAGCUGAAGAUGGUGAUGAUGACAGGCCUAAGAAGAGAGCAAAACCCGCGAAUUCUACUACCUCGAGCAAGAAGGCACCAGGUUCAUCAAUGAACAACGCUCAGCUCAAGCUGGCAGCCGAACAGGACACCCUGAAGAAGAUGACAGUCGCCGAGCUCAAGGACGUAAUGGCCAGUAAGGGCCUGAGCAUAUCAGGCAAGAAGGCUGACCUCGUCGAGAGGCUCGAGCAAUGGCUUGAAGAAAAUGCAUGAACGAAGAGGCGAUAUGGGGUGUUGACACACGGAUGGGUCCCUAUGGAUGAAGGUAUCAGGCGCGCAGGCAGGUUAAAUGGAAUGGAAAUGUAACUGUACGACAUGGCGUGUAGGUACAGAGGUACGUACCUGUAGGCAGGUCUCUGGUGCUCUACCUAGGUAGGUAGGUAGCUACCUAGGUACAGGAUACCGUACUGGGAUUUUGGGGGGAGGGGCCUGUGAUUAGUCAGUCGGUGGGAACUCACCUUGGAAUCCACCACCAACAUCUGUGCCCAGGCCUUUACUUAAUCGCGUC